AUGGCAGUGCAUACACUGGAAAAUACAACUGCUUCUAACGAUGAAGUCACCCAAUAUCAACUGGGACGCUACAUAAGUAGCAAUGAGGCUGUAUGGCGUAUUUUAUCAUUUUCCAUUCAUGAGCGAUAUCCAACGGUUGUUAAUUUAGCAGUACAUCUUGAAAAUGGACAGCGUGUGUAUUUUAGAUCAGAAAAUGUACGUGCAAGAGCAAUGUCACCACCGCCAAAAACAUUAACUGAAUUUUUCACAUUAUGUAGAAAUGAUACCUUUGCAAGGACACUACUGUACUCUGAAGUACCAACUUAUUUUACGUGGAAUACAUCAACAAGAAAAUUUCAGUGUCGUAAACAAGGUAGAGCAGUACAAGGUCAUCUAAAUUUAUAUUCCACAGAUGCAUUGGGUCGCCUGUACACUGUACAUCCAAAUAACACAGAAUGCUUUUACCUGAGAUUAUUAUUUAUCAAUGUUCGUGGACCAACAUCUUUCCAAGAAUUAAAAACAGUCAAUGGCAAAGUGUGUGCUACAUUUCGUGAGGCUUGCCAGAAAUUAUCUCUUAGAAAACGAUGCUCAUUAGGAUAUUUCACUCGCUGA